AUGGUGAGGAAAUACAUUGAGAUUCUGGGUGAGUCACCGUACAAGUUUGAUGAGCUGAAUUCGAUCUCAAGUAAAGAAGCAAAAGUUGAUCAGAAACAAGUGACAGUAGAAGUUGAAGAUGGCGAUAACACAAACUAUAACUCUCUGUCAAAAAAUCAUCGACUGGUAGAAGUUAUCGAUGUAGAACAAAAUCCGAAAACUACCGGCGCUGUCAGCGAUAUCAAAUACGAUCUUAGUCCCAUUGUGGAAUACGCCGCAGAGCCUUUGCUGCCGCUCGCUGAGGCGUGUGCUCCGCUGGACAGUAUCAUCCACGAUUUAUCCGUCUACGUUCAGCUGGCACUCGACGGAACUCCGAUUCAGCCACCCGACGGACUGACGAUCGACGAGAGUGCUGCGAUUCGCCUGUACACGAUCGAGUGGGAAGCACCGCAUCGAAGUCUUUAUUCCAUGCUCAAUCAAACCCUCAAAAAUGCCGAUCGCGAGCAUCUUCAUCCAUACUUCAAGUAUCUCAAACUGUUAAUCACUGCUCUAGUCAAAAUUCCAUGCAUUCCACCGCAGACCGUCUGGCGAGGGGUAAACAAAGAUUUGAGUGCAGAUUUUCCUGCCGGUACCCUCGUCACAUGGUGGGGGUUUUCAUCGUGUACGAUUGCGCUGACUGUGCUAGAGAACAGCAUGUAUUUAGGCAAUAUGGGCGAUCGGACGCUCUUCUCCGUCGAAGCCGUCAACGGCCGAACAGUACGUGCUCAUUCGCAGUUCGAUAGCGAAGAUGAAAUUCUUCUUCUGCCCGGCACCUACAUGGAAGUUCAAUCACAGUUUAGUCCAGCGCCCGAUCUCCAUGUCGUCCACUUAAAACAAAUGAAACCAGCCCAGACACUUCUCGAAGUUCCAUUCGAAGGUAAUCUUAUAUAUCAAGACAUAGAUGGACAUCUCAUCUAUUCAUCUUUAGGUGCUCACCUCUAUCCACCGAAGAAGGAAAAAGUGCCAUGGUACAAGAAACGACGGACAAUUUGUGAACUUAGUCUGCUGCUCAUUCUCUGCCUCACCGGCAUCGUUGCGGGUUCAGUGCUCGGCACAAGACGUUCGCCACCAUCGAGUAUGUGA